ACUUACUAAUCGUGUUGUCAAAGUGAAGUCAGCUGUUAUGUCAAUUCGCGGACUUGUUCUGUGCGACUACCGGGAAUAUUCAAGUUAUUAAAGUGCGGUUAGGGAUAUCACUGUUAAACUGCGUGUUAUAAGAAGAUUAAAGAUGCUGCUAUUACUCUAAACGGCUAAAAUCCGAAAAUUUCUUAGCGCAGAGUGAUAAUUGGCAUUGUUCUGUAUGAUAGUUUGACAUCUAACCUAAGAUCGUCGCGCAUUUUAUCUAUUUUUUCAUUGAAAAUAAAGCGGAAGGAGCACCGAAAUAAUGCAGCACUUAAUACAGGCUAGUCCCUUCCUGGACAAGUUGAAGCAUUGGCGUCAUGUGAUGUCUUUCAGUGAUGUACAGUUAACUACUUCUCAAAAAGUAGUUUUAUGGAGCAUAGGAGUAGUUGGCACAAGUGCUGUGGUAGUUGGUGUAUUGUCCAGAUACUUAGCAAGGAGGCGGGCCAAGCCUAUCUUAAACCCAAGGAUACAAAGAGCAAUUAACAAGAGAAUCUCACGUAUGCGCAGUCCCAAUGGUGGUAUGGGCUCUGUAGCCAGCAGUGGAGGGCGCAGUAGUCCCUUGGGCUUCAGUGAACGGCUUUCCCUCGCGUCAGGCUCCAUCGGCUCGGGUGGCGGUGACGCAGCGCCGCUCUCACCACAGCAGCUUGGCGUUAUGGGUAUGGAGGCGUUAGAAACAAGUAUAAACUACUGGGAGGAUGCGCUAGCGGCGUUCUCUCUGGGCGCCCGCGGCGGCGUCACCGGCACAUUGGCGCUGACGUCGCCAGAAGAAGCGGAGUUUUGCAGGGAAAUACAAGACUUGCUUCAAAAUGCCUACAUGCUACAAGAGCGUUGCGAGCUGCUGUUCCUCGACCAGCGGUCGGUGCUGUUCCGGUCGGAGAGCGGCGGCGGCGCGGCAGGCGCGGGCCCCGGCUCGGCGGGCGAGGGCCGGCGCUCGCGGCUGCUCUCCACGCACACCGGCUCUAGCCACACCAAGCGGGAGCACCAUUCCAGUGCUGAGUCAUUCGCCUCGGCUGAGGAUCAAGUUGCAGAUCUCAGAGAAUUCGACGACUUCACAGAAAUAGCGCCGGAAAUAGAGAAUUUGGAGUUGUAUCAAAUGGCGUUGAAACAAUUAGAAAUCGGCAUUCCUUGCAGGACGCUCCGAACAGACGUGGUGCAGUGUUCCUCAGACUCGGAGUUCCUGUGCAAGCUGCACUGCCUGCGGCUGGCAUUCCAGCUGGUGUUCAAGGACGCGGCCGUGUGGGCUUGGUUCGUCGACGCUGGGAGAGAAGUACUCACCGACUUGCUGCUCUUCGCUGAUAAGGAACCAAAGGAGUUCUUGGUGGCAUACGAAGAAAUGGUAUCUUGGACUACAGAUGGCAGUAAUUGGCCUACGAUAGAAAGUGAACUCACUAGCAAAGGCGUGAAGGCGCUGACAUUUUACGAUGUGGUGUUGGACUACAUUCUGCUGGACGCGUUCGAAGACCUGGCCUCGCCGCCUUCCUCCGUGCUCGCCGUCGUCAGAAACCGCUGGCUGUCAGAUGGUUUCAAAGAGAGUGCGUUAACAACAGCAGUAUGGUCGGUAAUAAAAGCGAAGCGACGAUACCUACAAUACCCAGACGGGUUUAUGGCGCAUUUCUACUCAAUUUCGGAGCAUCUGCUGCCGGUUCUCGUGUGGGGCUUCCUUGGACCGCGGGAGCGGCUACGCGACGUAUGCCACACCUUCCAAGCAGAGAUCGUUGGCUUCAUCACAGACCUAUUCAGCUUCCACAAGUGCCGAUACACCAACGUGGAUGACCUAGCCACCGAUAUAAUGCAGCACGCGAAACUCCGCGCAGCCAGCAUCACCGACAAACUAGCCGAUAGGAACUAAGCAAUACUAGUACUAAGUUUAAGUGACAAUAAUCAAGUCACAAGAGGCACUACGCGACGACUAAUAAAUUCAGCUAAGUAACACAUUCCGAUACAAUAAGUUCCAUUUUUGUAUGCAGUCCUGUUUGCCUGAAGCUGAAAUGUUAUUUUUGAGCCGUGAUAGUAUUUAAACGGCCUAUGAAAGUUUCUAUUGGUUACAUAGAUACUUUGUAGGGUAGUUUGAUGAAUUUGUAGUAGCAUAGACUUGUGAAUCAAUGGGAACUUUUACGGGCUGGUUCGUAGAUGUAAGAUAAAAGUGUACUUCCUUCUCAGAUCUUACGCAUUUUAUAGUUAUAUCUGGUUUAUGUACAAAAUAACGGUACAGCAGUAUAGAGUACCUAAGUCUAGGUAAAUAGUUAAAUACGUAUAUCAAGGUAUUAACACGGUCGCAUUUUUCUGCACCAAAUUAUUAUUAUAUUCGCAGUUUGUUUUUGAGGUUUGAGCAACUUAAAUAACAUUUAUUCGCCAAAUUUUUAAAUUUCUUGUUAGUAUAUAAGUAAAUAGUUAAUACGACAAAAUCUAAUUCUACAAUAUCCAAUUUAAUAUUCAUAGAUUCUAUUAUCUGAAAUUAUGUGCUGUAUCUAUUUAUUAUGUAAAUAUAACAGUUAUUAUAAAACUAGAAAUUUUACAUUAUGUAGCUGGACAUGGGUUUGUAAAUGAAACUCUUCUCAUUAGAAAAUUUAGUAUAUCAAUUAUAAUAUAGCCUUAUCUGACAAAAAAAAAACAAAGUAAACAUAAACCUUUAUUAACAGUCAACGAUAAUACUUUUCCAAAGAA